CAUCCAACAAACAAGAUAUCUUCACCAAAAAUCGCGUGAGUAGAAUUCGUGAUUUGUUGCCUCUUGAAUGCUGGAAUUACGUUCCAACCCUUCAAAAUCCAGCAGAUUUGAUCUCCAGAGGAACCACUGCCAUGGAGUUAGCAGCAUCUUCUCUGUAUUGGCAUGGCCCACAGUGGCUAACAGAGGGAGAAUCAGCGUGGCCCAAUGCAGAAAGUUUCCCGGAAACGGAUGAGCAAUCAGAACCUGCCGCCGCGGUACUCAAAAUCAAUCAGCAAGAGGGCAAUUACAUCUUCAAGAGGCUCACGAGAGACAUCAGCAGCUUCUUCCGCAUGAAGAGAGUGCUACUAUGUGUGUGCAAAUUCAUACAGAUCCUUCGGUACAAGGCAUUGUCGAGAAAAGGAACCCCAUGUGUCAUGCCAAAUCAACCCAAUAAGUUCUCGACAAAGGAAUUAUUGUGGGCGGAAAAUCAGCUGAUCAAGUGGGAUCAAUCGAAUCACUACCUUGAGGACAUUCAGGAUCUCAUGAACAACCGGAAUGCACCCAUCAAGAGCACAUCUCUGCGAAAACUGCACCCAUUCGUCGAUGAUGAGGGAAUUUUGCGUGUCGGCGGACGGCUGGGCCAUCUGGACGAUGACUACAGCACCAAAUACCCGAAAAUUCUCCCAAAUGACACAUUGGCAAAGUUGAUGAUCCGGGAAAUGCACAUCAGAAUGAUGCACGCAGGAACACAGCUACUCUUGGCCCAUUGUCGCAGGCAUUAUUGGCCAAUAGGAGGACGACGUACCGUCAAAGGUGUGAUUCAUCUCUGCAAGGCAUUCAAUAGUGUGGCCAUCGAUUGCUGCGGACCCUUUUUCAUCCGUACAGGCGCAGAAUCUCGUGGCAGAACACAGAGAGUGGAUGUUGUCAUCUUUGUGUGUACUUCCACCAAAGCUGUACACAUCGAAAUCGUCAGCAGACUGACAACCGAGGCAUUUUUGGCCAGUUUUGCGCGAUUCACUGAUCGACGAGGAGUUCCUAAAGACGUUUACUCAGACAACGGCCGUAACUUCCUCGGCGCUGCGCGUGAAUUACAACGUUUACUGGCACAGGAAGCGCAAGAACUUCAGGAUCAAACAAGUGAGAUGAGAAUCAAUUGGCACUUUCAACCCGCACAAUCUCCGCACUUCAACGGAUUGGCAGAAUCUGCAGUGAAGUCAGCAAAGACACAUCUGAAGAGAGUGAUUGGAGAACACAGGCUGAACUACGAGGAAUUCUACACAAUUCUAACUCGAGUGGAAGCAGUGUUGAAUAGUAGACCGAUUACCAUUCUUUCUGAUGAUCCUCGAGAUCCCCAACCGCUCACUCCAGGGCAUUUUUUGACUUUUGGCCCACCAACUCAGCUACCAGAUGAUGAUUUAUCUCACGAGAACGUCAACCAUCUUCAGCGCUGGGAUUUGUGUCAGAAGAUUCAUCAGGAAUUUGCCAGGAAGUGGAAGAUUUCGUAUCUUACCACACUUCAGGAGAGAGCAAAGUGGCAGACAGAGAGAGAGAAUCUGAAGAUCGACGACAUCGUGAUUCUUCAUGACCCUUCCGUGAGUCGCAAUCACAAAUGGAGCACCGGACGAGUCAUUGGAGUUCACCGUGGAGUAGAUGGGAAGGUGAGAGUUAUUGAUAUUAGAACCCCUACGGGCACAUAUUCACGGUCAGUAGUAAAGGUCUCGAAAUAUCCGAUGUGUGAGAGUCACAUCUCCCCCCCCGAGCAUGUUGAGAAUUAGAAUGAAUUCCAGUUGAAUUUGAACAUUGAAUUAUGGCAAGUCGGCGAAAUCAAUAUUGCCCGAGAUUGAGCCGAGCUCCGUGUAGAAAAUUGAAGUAUAAAAUUAUCAAGGGCACUCUUUUGGUAUCACCGCUAUCUUAGUGAG